AUGAGUCGAUUCGAAAUUACUAUUCGGGGCAUCCCAAUAUGUUUCCCACACAAACCGUACGGUUGCCAAAUGUCAAUGAUGACACGAGUGGUUGAAUCUCUGGAAAACAAACAAAAUUGCCUUUUAGAAUCUCCUACAGGAACAGGGAAAACUCUCUCCCUUUUGUGUGCUACUUUAGGUUGGCUGGAGAAAAAGAAAAAUGAUUUAAAUACAGCUGAAUUCGGUGAUGUGGAGAAUGUUUUAAUGUCAGAAGACAAAAAGAAUACUACUGAAAGUCCAAAGAUUUAUUAUUGUACAAGAACUCACAAACAAAUAUCUCAAGUUGUUAGAGAAUUGAGAAAGACCAAAUACGCAAAUAUGAAAAUGUCCAUUCUGAGUAGUCGUAAACACACGUGUAUCAAUCCAGAAGUUAAUUCUAUGCCGAAUGUUACAGAUGCAUGUCAUAAUUUACUAAUGUCAGGUGUAUGCCCAUAUGAUGUACCACGAAAGAAAUCGGAUCUAUCUCAUGCUAUUAAUAAACUAGAUCGUUCAGGACCAUGGGAUAUUGAAGAUUUAGUUGAAGCGCUUACUCCACUUCCUUCAUGCCCGUAUUAUUGUUCACGAUCAUUAGCCAGAACGGCGGAUAUUAUUUUCUGCCCAUAUGAUUAUCUCCUGGAUCCAUUGAAUCGUGCUUCUACAUCACUUGAGGUUUCUAAUCAUGUUAUUAUUUUGGAUGAAGCACAUAAUAUAGAAGAUGCUUCACGUGAAGCUGCUUCAUUUACGCUUACUGAACAUCAGUUAAAGAAUGCUAGAGAAGAUUUGGAUGGAUUAAGAACGAUUGAUUUCGAGGCAGAAGCUUGUUCUACUUUAAUUAACAUGAUUGAUAGUUUGUUACGUGUUAUGCAGUUAACAUUGUCACGUCUUGUUAGAGCUGGUGAAACAACUCAACCAACACAAGUUUGGACUGGACGUGAAAUCUGUGGACUGAUGGCUACUGUUGGUCUUGGGCCAGAGAAAAUGAUAGAACAAAGUAAUGCCUAUCGAAAAUUAUCUGCAGCUGCAAUGGAUGCUGAAAAUGAUGAAGAUCGAUAUAGGAGUAGGAAUCAAAGUAAUGGACAAUUUCAACCUAAACCAAGUCAACGAACAUUGCAUUUCUUUAAUGCUUUAUUCACUGUAUUAAAUUAUAUGUUCAGAGAUAAUAUGUGCCAUUUAUCAGAUUAUCGAGUUGUCCUUGUUGAGACAGUUGGAUAUGAGAAACAAUCUGCUAAAGACUUGAAUUUAGUUGGUGCUGAAUUGAAUGAAACAAAACUGGACUCAUGGAUUACUAAAAAGCCUCCAAAGCUUCGUCUUGUUGAAUGUCGUGAAUUAUCCUUAAAUUUUUGGUGUUUAAAUCCUUCAGUAGUAUUUACUCAGCUGGCGUCAAUAUCACAUUGUGUUAUCCUAAUGAGUGGAACAUUAUCACCAUUGAAUUCACUUGAAGCGGAAUUAGGCGUCGACUUUCCUAUCCGUCUAGAAGCAAAUCAUGUUAUAUCAAGUGAUCGUUUAUUGGUGACAACCCUAUCACAUGGACCUAAUGCUAAGCGUAUAUGUGCUACUUACCAGCAUCAGAAUACAUUUACAUUUCAAGAUGAAAUUGGUUGUGUUAUCAUGAAUGCUUGUCGUAUUGUCUCCGGUGGUGUAUUAUGCUUUCUACCAUCGUAUAGUUUAUUGGAUAAACUUGUACAGAGAUGGGAGGUAACGGGAUUACUGAAUCAGUUGAAUAUGAUAAAGCAUGUGAUGAUUGAACCACGUUCAUCAGUUGGAUUAGAUGAUUGGUUAGAAGAAUUUUAUUCUUCCGUAAAUCAAAGUAUUCGAAAAGCUGAGAAAUUAAAAUCAAGACGUAAAUCAAUCAAUGCAAAUAAGGAUACUAAUGAUGGUUUGUCCUCAUCUACACCGAAAAGAAAUUCAAAUACACCAAAUCAGACAGGAUCAAUUAUAUUUGCUGUUUGUCGUGGUAAAGUUAGCGAAGGCUUAGACUUUUCUGAUGCAUAUGCACGUCUUGUGAUCGCUAUCGGUAUUCCGUAUCCAGCAUUUACAAAUCCUCAGGUUCAACAAAAACGUGAAUUCAAUGAUACACUGCAUAAAUCAACUCCAGGUAGAAUUGCCUAUUCAGAGAAUGGGAAAUCCACAUCAAGUGAUAAUCUUAACACAUCAUUGGAUACAAUAAAUACUAGUAAUUCUGAUUUAGACAAUAAUAAUACUUCAAGUGUGUCAUCCAUACAGCAGCAACAACAACAACAGAAAGUACUCAGUGGAUCUGAAUGGUAUGAUGCACAGGCGUAUAGAGCAUUGAAUCAAGCCCUGGGAAGGUGUAUACGACAUGCUAAUGAUUGGGGUGCUGUAUUAUUGGCUGAUGCACGAUUUGUUGAACAACCAUCACGGUAUAUGUCUGGUAUUAGUCGAUGGAUACGAAUAAGAGCUAAACAUCAUUCCACAUGGAAUAGUCUUGAAAGUCAAUUAAAAGUAUUUAUGACAUCACAUGAAACUGAUGAAAAGGUUGAAAAACAAGUGGAACAUUUAGAUGAUAUAUUCGCUUGA